AUGAUGACCUACAGCCGCUCAAUCCCCUUUGCGCUACUUGCCUUGUUUGGCAGCUCCGGCCUCGCCCAAACCGUCAAAGGACCAGAGUUCAACAAGCCAGACGGUGGCCCCCCAGCAAGCUACUUUGCUGCUGGCUCCUCCAUCCCCGUCGCUGCUUUGCAGAGCGCUGCUGCGAAGGCUAGCACUGCUGUGCCGGAUGCAACCUACCCCAUAAAUGGCGAUAAGGGAGCCAAGAAGGUCACUAUCCACAGCGACUGGACCAAGUUCAGCGAGGCUGCGGCUUAUGUUUGGGUCGCCGACAUGGAUGUCGACUGUGACGGUCUUGACUACAAAUGCAAGGGAAACCCCGACGGCGAGCCCCAGACCAACUUCGGUGUUCUAUCUGCCUACGAAGUACCAUUCUUUGUCAUUCCCGACAGAUUCGGAACCAAGUACGCCAAGGAGCUUCCUGGCAACAACGUCGGUGCUGUCAUCUGUGAUGGCAAGAUGUUCUACGGCAUCUACGGAGACUCCGAUGGCGAUCACCCCCAGGUUAUCGGCGAGGCCUCGUGGUUGAUGGCUCGUACCUGCUUCCCUCACGAUGACUUGAACGGAGGCCGCGGCCACGAUGAUCCCGAUGUGACAUACAUCCUUUUCACUGGCGACGACGCUGUGCUCCCCAAGAGUGCUCUCGACAAGAACUAUCUCACCAGCUUUACCACCCUGCGCUCUAUGGGUGACAAGCUCAUGACCGCUCUUGCGAAGAACCUCAAGCUGUCUGGUGGAAGUGACGGCGGUGUCAGUGGCUCCGGCUCUACCGAGAAGUCUUGUGAGUGGGAAGGACACUGUGAAGGUGCUCCUUGCAAGAACGGCGGUCAGUGCUCUGGCCAGCUAGUCUGCAAGAGUGGAAAGUGUGCCCCUGUCUGA